AUGUUAUUCGAAGGUCCACUUAGUAAGUGGACAAAUGUCAUACAAGGUUGGCAAUAUCGCUUUUUUGUUCUUGAUCCCACUCAAGGGAUGCUUAUCUAUUAUACAUCUAAAGAAAAUAUGGUCAAAGGAGAACGACGUGGAGUUGUUUUAUUACGAGGAGCCUAUUUAGGCAUUGAUUCGGAAGAUGAUAGUACUUUUACUAUUCGAUGUCAUGGUAAAACAUUUCAUUUUCAAGCUCGUGAUGCUGAGGAAAGACAAAAAUGGGUAUCCAAUUUAGAAGAAGCGAUAAGCCUUAAUAGUGUUAAGACAGAUAAAUUAUCUGUUUCAAGUACAUCAUUAUUUGAACGUAAAAUAUCAGAAGCUGAUGCUUAUUUACAAUUAUUAAUUGAUCAAGUUCAUGAACUUGAACAAAAAAGUAAUGAAGAAGAAGAUACUAAUGAACAGGAAUGUUAUAGACGUGUUGUAUCAUCAGCUAAAAGAUUAAUUGAAGCUAUCAAAUAUUCCAUUGUGUCAUUACAACUAGCAAAAGUUCAUAUGGAUCCACAUAGUGAUGUUAAAUCAGAUGUUGAUUAUGCAGCUGUAUUAUCCCAAAUGAAUGUUCAUAAAGACAAAAUUCUUCAUAAUAAUGCAGCAUCAUCUAAUGUUAAUAAAUUCACUGUCGAUCAUGAAUCAAUUGACGGUCAUCAUCAAGGUAACGCAUCUAUCGGAUCUUUAGAUUUUCAUACAGCUGUGAAAACUGUUCGUAAAAAUUUUCCAGUUUCAUCUUAUUCAAGUAGUGAUGAUGAUGAUGAUGAUUUUUAUGAUGCUGAUGAAACAAUGGAUAUAUCAUCAUCAUCAACAGCAGCCAAUCUUCAACAAGCUGUACCAAUUAAUAUACGAAAUAAUGAUAUUUUGUCAAAAACAAAUGACAAAUUAUCAAGAAUAAAAAUGAAUGAAUAUCAGUCAGAUGGAAUAACUCGUUUAACAAAUUCACAAAUUCCAUUUGAAGUUUAUGAAGCAGCUUAUGAAGAAGAACCAGAAGAAGAUCUUGCACCUAUCGAUGGUACUAUUAUUUCACAUUUGAUUUCUCAAGCUCGUAUAUCAAUGGAUUUAACUAAAAUAACAUUACCAACAUUUAUUCUUGAACGACGUUCUUUUCUUGAAAUGCUUGCUGAUUUUCUUGCUCAUCCGGAUCAAUUUGUGAAUGUUACGGAUUGUCAAACACCACGUGAUCGUUUUAUUCAAGUUGUUAAAUGGUAUUUAUCAGCAUUUCAUGCUGGUCGUAAGAGUCCUGUACCAAAAAAACCAUAUAAUCCAAUACUUGGUGAAACAUUUCAAUGUUUGUAUAAUCUCGGUGCAUCAUCAUCAUCAUCAUCGACUGUCACAAAAGAUGGUCCUGUUCCAUGGGCAUCUGAUGAUAAUGUUACUUUUAUUGCUGAACAAACUUCUCAUCAUCCUCCAAUCGCAUCAUUUUAUGCUGAAUGUCCUGCAAAACAUAUACAAAUUGAUGGAUGUCUUUGGACAAAAUCAAAGUUUUUAGGCUUAUCAGUUGCUGUACAUAUGAUUGGUGAUGCGACACUAACAUUACUUGAUCAUGAUGAACGUUAUGUGAUGACAUUCCCUAGUGCAUACGGCCGAUCUAUUCUUGGUGUUCCAUGGUUUGAAAUGGGUGGUAAAGUAUCUAUUGAUUGUGAAAAAACUGGUUAUUCAGCUCAUAUAGAAUUUUUAACCAAACCAUUUUAUAAUGGAAAAAAACAUCAAAUAACUGGAACUUUAUUUGGACCAGAAAAGAAAGAAUUUUGUAAAAUUGAUGGAGAAUGGAAUGGUAUAAUGUAUGCAAGAUAUAGUGAUACAAAAAUUUCUGAUAUUUUUUUUGAUACAAAAACAACACCUGUUAUUAAAAAAAGCGUUCGACCAAUCGCUGAACAAGAUGAAUUUGAGAGUCGAUGUUUAUGGAAAGAUGUAACUUUUUAUUUAAAAUCCAAAUUAUUGGAUAAAGCAACUGAAGCGAAAUCAUUACUUGAACAACGACAACGUGAAGGAGCUAAAGAACGUGCUGAAAAAUCAACUAAAUGGCAAACAAAAUAUUUUGUUGAAUCAGGUGAACAAAAAUGGUCCUAUCAAAAUAAAUUAAAUAAACGAUUAAAACAACAAUCAUAA